CUUUCUGACUCACAGGGCUUGGGAGCCGCCUGGGACCAGAGCGCCAGCGGCACGCCGGGGCAUGUCCGCUCCGUGAGACCAUGGCACUUGGGGCCACUCGCUGCCUUCUCGUCCUCUACCUGGGUCUGGCCCUGCUCGCCUCCGUCAGAAAUUCCUUUUGCAAUGAAAAUGACACCGAGUGCCUCUCACAUUCCUGCCAAAACAAUUCUACCUGCAAGGAUGCUUCAGAAGACCACAGUUGCCCUUGCGCAGACACAGCCCUUCGUUUGGGCAAAGGCUGUGAUGAGGAGCCAGACCCCUGCGUCUCCAGCCCCUGCCCCGGCAAUGCCACGUGCGUGAGCGCCCCCGGGGAGCGGGGCUUUCUGUGCCGAUGUCCUCCCGGGUCCAGUGGCGCCGCCUGCGACACGGCCGUCGGCGCCUGCGGCGCGGGCCCCUGCCAGCACGGAGGCGUCUGCCGCCACGGCCCCGCGCAGCCCGCCUGCAUCUGCCCUCCCGGGUUUGCCGGAAGCUUCUGCGAGCUGGACCGCGACGAGUGCGCGUCCAGCCCCUGCCGCAACGGCGCCAUGUGCCUGGACGGGGCCAACGGCUACGCCUGCUUCUGCGUCCCGGGCUACCAGGGCCGCCACUGCGACUUGGAGGUGGACGAGUGUGUGUCACAUCCCUGCGGGAACGGGGCCACGUGCCUCAAUGAGAUCGGGAGAUACACCUGCCUGUGUCCCCGCCCUUACUCGGGUGUGAACUGUGAGCUGGAAAUUGACGAAUGCUGGUCCCAGCCCUGCCUGCACGGUGCGACGUGUCAGGACGCGGUGGGGGCUUAUUUCUGUGACUGUGCCCCCGGGUUCCUGGGUGAGCGCUGUGAAAUCAACACCGACGAGUGUGCCAGCGAGCCGUGUCUCCACGGAGGGCUGUGCGUGGACGGAGCCGACAGCUACAGCUGUAACUGCACAGGAAGUGGAUUCACAGGGAAGCAUUGUGAGACCUCGAUACCUCCAUGUUGGUCAAAACCCUGUCACAAUAAUGCGACAUGUGAGGACAGUGCUGACGGUUACACUUGUCACUGCUGGCCUGGAUACACGGGUGCCCAGUGUGAGACCGACGUGGACGGAUGCAGCAGCCACCCCUGCCAGUCGGGCGGGCAGUGCGUGGCGCUGUCCUCGGAGAGCGCGCGCGGGCGCAGCGCGCGGCGGCCUUCUCCCUCCAGCCGCCCCCAGGCCUCCGGCUACGCCUGCGUCUGUCCGCCGGGACUCACAGGAAUCCACUGUGACGAGGACAUUGACGAGUGUUCUUCGAGCCCUUGUCGGAACGGUGGUACCUGUGAGAACUCGCCAGGGAACUACACUUGCCUUUGCCCGUUCGACACCCUUUCUGGAGCACAGUACGGAGGACGGGACUGUUCUGACAUCCUCCUGGGCUGCACCGAUCGCCUGUGUCUGCAUCAUGGGACAUGCAUCCCUCACUUCCAAGACGGCCAGCACGGCUUCCGCUGCCUGUGUCCACCUGGCUACACCGGGUCACUGUGUGAAACUGUCACCACACUUUCUUUUGAGGGCGAUGGCUUCCUGUGGGUCACAAGUGACUCAGCCAAGGACUCAGGCUGUAACAUAGCCCUCAGGUUUCAGACUAUCCAGCCAACAGCUCUUCUGCUUUUCCGAGGGGACAGGGACAGGUCCAUGAUGCUGGAGUUGCUAAGUGGCUACGUUCACUUAUCAGUUCAAGUCAGUAACCAGUCAGAGGUGGUCCUGCUCGUCUCCCAUGACACCAGCGAUGGAGAGUGGCAUUCAGUGGAGGUGACGUUCGCAGAGGCUGUGACCCUUGCCUUACUGGACCCUUCCUGCAGGGGGACCUGCAUCACCAGGGCUCCUUCUCCAUUUGAAAGGGAUGGGUCCACAUGUGCUUUCCAGAACUCCUUUCUGGGGGGUUUACCCGAGGGAACGACCCCCAGUGGUGUGGCUCUGCUGGACCUGGAUGUCUCGACCGUACCACCCACACCCUCGUUUAUAGGUUGUCUCCAAGACGUUCAGAUGGGCUCAAAUCUCAUCACCACGGAGAACGUCACACCCGGGGCCUCCCUGAACGUCGGGGCGGGCUGCGUGAGACAGGACCAGUGUGAAAGCCAGCCUUGUCAGCACAGAGGCCGCUGCUUCAACCUGUGGCUGAGUUACCGGUGUGAUUGCUACAGGCCCUACCAGGGCCCCGACUGUCAGGGAGAGUACGUGGCAGGCAGAUUUGGCCAAGAUGACUCCACCGGAUACGCCGCUUUUCAUCUGGACGAGACUUACAGAGAGGACGUCACCCUCUCCAUGUUUGUUCGAACACACCGCCCGUCAGGCUUACUUCUCACCGUGGGACACAGCGCUUACCGACACCUCCGUGUCUGGCUGGAACGUGGCCGACUAGCAAUGCUGACUCCGAGUUCUUCCAAGUUAUUAACAAAAUUUGUUCUCAGCGAUGGAAAUGUCCACUUGAUAUCUUUGAAAAUCAAGCCAAAUAAAAUUGAGCUGUAUCAGGCGUCACAAAACCUAGGAUUUAUUUCUGCUCCUACAUGGAAAUUCCAAAGCGGAGAUGUCCUCUAUAUUGGUGGCCUGCCUGACAGACAAGAGACUGAAGUUAAUGGUGGCUUCUUCAAAGGCUGUAUUCAAGAUAUAAGAUUAAACAACGAAAACCUGGAAUUCUUCCCAAAUUCAACGAGCAAGGCAGCCCACAGUGCAGUUCUCGCCAACGUGACCCGAGGCUGUCCUGGGGACAACGUGUGUGAGCCCAACCCCUGUUACAACGGAGGUGUCUGCUACGCCCUGUGGGACGACUUCUCCUGUGCCUGCCCCGCCAACACAGCUGGGAAGACCUGCCAGGACCUGCGCUGGUGCGAGCUCGGCCCGUGUCCCCCCGGCGCCCGGUGCCAGCAGGUGCCUGGAGGAUUUGAAUGUACUGCAAAUGCUGUUUUUAAUGGGCAAAGCAGCGAAAUAGUAUUCAGGAGCAACGGGAAUAUUACCAGAGAACUCACCAACAUCACAUUCGGUUUCAGAACAAGGGUUGCAAAUGCGGAGAUCCUGCACGCCGAGAAGGAGCCUGAAUUCCUUAACGUUAGCAUUCGCGAUUCCCGCUUAUUAUUUCAGCUGCAAAGUGGCAACAGUUUUUACAGGCUGAGUCUGACGAGCUCGCAGUCUGUGAAUGAUGGCGUGUGGCACCAUGUGACUCUCUCCAUGACCGACCCACUGGCCCAGGCUUCCAGGUGGCAAAUGGAAAUGGACCACCAAACACCUCCGGUGACCAGCGUGGUCGCCACUGGGAGCCUCAGCUUCCUGAAGGAGGACGUGGACAUCUGUGUGGGGGGCAGAGCGGACGGCCCCGUGCAGGGCCUGCAGGGCUGUCUAAGCACAAUAGCGGUCGGUGGCGUUCACCUCUCUUACUUCGAAAACGUCCGGGGUUUCCUUAAUAAGCGUCAGGAGGAGCAGUUUCUUAAAGUCUCGGUAAAUACGGUGGCCACUGGCUGUUUGCAGUUAAACGCUUGCAAGUCCAACCCCUGCUUGCACGGAGGACACUGUGAGGACACGUACACCUCUCAUCACUGCACCUGUCCUGAGGGAUGGUCAGGGCCCCACUGUGAACGCAACAUUGAUGAAUGUCUUUCAGACCCCUGUAUCCAUGGCAACUGCUCGGACAGGGUAGCAGCCUAUCACUGCAGGUGUGAGCCUGGAUACACCGGUGUGAACUGCGAGGUGGGCGUGGACCACUGCCAGAGUCACCAGUGUGCCAACGGGGCCACCUGCGUCAGCCAUGCCGAGGGCUACUCCUGCCGCUGUCCUGGAAAUUUCACGGGGAAAUUUUGCAGACACACCCGGUUACCCUCCGCUGUCUGUGGGAACGAGAGGACAAACUUCACCUGCUACAACGGGGGCAACUGCACGGAGGCCCAGGGUGAACCACGGUGUCUGUGCACGCCAGGCUUCGCUGGGCAAUGGUGUGAAGAGGACGUUGACGAGUGUGCCUCCAAUCCCUGCCUCCACGGAGGCCUGUGUCGCGACCUGCUAGACAGGUUCCAGUGCGUGUGCGACGUGGCCUUCGCCGGCCCGCGCUGUGAGAUGGACCUGGCAAAUGACUUGCUCGCAGAUGUUUUUGCCGCCGUCGGUUCCGUGACGCUGGCCUUGUUGGUGGUCCUCUCUCUGGCGGUGGUUGCUUCCAUCAUCGCCUCCAACAAACGGGCAACCCAGGGGUCCUACAGCCCGAGCAGUCAGGAAAAGGACGGCUCUCGAGUGGAGAUGUGGAGCGUGCUGGCUCCCCCUGCGACGGAGAGGCUGAUUUAGAGGCAUCCUGUCUCUGGAGGAAGAGAUCCGCACCCGUGAACGGGAUGAUGGUACCCACGGGUUUUUCUGACACCCCUGGAGACAUCAGUGUACGACUGGGAACACUGAAUCUGUGGGAAGCGCUCCUCUGACCACCACAAAGAUGUGCAUCGUGGUUCAACUGGUCACCUUGUUUUAUCAUGUUAUAUUAGCCAAUCACAGAACAGUGUUUUUUUGCACCAGGAAUUUCAGCCUCCUAAUUAGCAAGAACACCUACCAGGGGACAGCGUCUUCUGCAGAAAGCCCCAGUGCCUGUCAGUUAGACUUCACACUUUGCAACCUGGGGACACGUUUUUAGUUUGCCCAUUAGUGGGCUACUGAGAUUUUUUUUUUUUUUUAACACAGAGACAACAGGGGAAAAUAGGCACACUUU